AUGGCAACUACGGUUCUUGUAACAGGCGCAAGCGGCCUUCUGGGUCGACAAGUCUUUGACAAAUUCAAGCGCUCCGGCUGUCUCACUGUCGGCCAGGGCUUUUCGCGCGCCAACCCGCCUACGAUCAUCAAGGCCAACCUGGAAAACCCAGACGAAAUCAAAAGCCUCUUGGACGAAGCUAAGCCUCAGAUCGUCAUCCAUUGUGCUGCGAAUCGCUCCCCCGACCUAUGUGAUAAGAACCCCGACCAGGCACGCCGGGUCAACGUUGAUGCUACUCGUACACUCGCCGAGUUGACAGCCGCUCGCGGUAUACUCCUCGUGUAUAUCUCAACGGACUACGUCUUUCCGGGCACCGAGGGAGAAGCGCCGUACGAGGCCGAUGCGGAGACAAAUCCCCCAAACAUGUACGGCCAGCUGAAGCGGGACGGCGAGCUGGUUGUUCUCGAAGCGACCAAGCAGAGUGGGAUGGGCCUUGUCGUCCGCGUACCGGUGCUAUACGGCACGGCGAACGAUAACUCUGAGAGCGCUGUCAACACCCUCGUUGACGCUGUAUGGAAGGCGCAAGACGAGAAUGCUGCCAUCAAGAUGGACGAUUGGGCUCAGCGAUACCCUACCAACACCGAGGACGUUGCACGCGUGCUACGGGAUAUUGUGAUCAAAUACCUCAAGAACCGUGAUCGUAUUCUCGAGCUUCCCAAGAUCCUGCAGUUCUCCUCGGAAGAUCGGAUGACAAAGUACGAGAUUUGCCAAAAGUUCGCGGAGAUUCUGGGCGUAUCCCUCAAGGGAAUGAUUCCGAACAAGGAAGGAAACGACCCGAAUGCAUCAGUGCAGCGACCUUAUGAUACACAUCUCUCAACUAAAGUGUUGAAAGAUCUGGGGAUCGAUGUGUCGACCGUCAAUUUUGAGCAGUGGUGGCGGAAACACCUGGAGUCACAAAAGAAAUAA